AUGGUGGACGAUACGAAAAGCGCAGUCGAAGAACCACCAACCAGGGAUCCUUUUCUCGAUGAUAUUCCGAAUGGGGGUUACGGCUGGGUCGUCGUCGUAGCCUGUUUUUUUGCAACCUUUACCCUUUUUGGAAUUGCAAAUGUGUGGGGUAUCUUUUCACAAGCCUAUUCGACGUCCAUCCUGGAAGGCAAAGCAACCACGCUACAAUUAAUGACGAUUGGGUCUCUUCUCAACGUCAGCAUCAAUGUGUUUACUCCAGUCAGUGUUCUGCUUGUACGAUACGGUGUUCGACUCAAUUAUGCAGUAGGAAGUGUCUUGAUGUGUCUUGGUGCGAUCAUAGCAAGUUUUAGCACGGAAUUGUGGCACCUUUAUCUCACACAAGGAUUAUUGUUUGGGUUUGGAGGUUCAUUUCUCUAUAUGUCCGUGAUGUCAGUGAUUCCCCAAUGGUUCACAACACGACGUGCAACAGCAAUGGGAUUCAGCACAUCCGGUGCAGGCUUGGGAGGUCUUGCAGUGAGCCCAAUGGCUAAUUAUCUAAUCGCAAAAUAUGGUAUACCAUGGGCAUAUCGCAUUAUCGGCUUCUACACAUUAGGAGUAUGCGCCGUGGGAGCGAUAUUGAUCAAGGAUCGCCUGCCUCGCUCAUACCUUAAGAAGCGACCUAUAGAAUCGCCGAUCCAAUUAUCAAUGUUCAAAGAUGUUAAUUUUGACAUAUGGCUCGUUGGGUCAGUCAUUGGUUUAACAGGAUAUCUCGGGCCAAUUUUUUAUCUGCCAAAAUAUGCUGUCAGUAUAGGCCUUAGUGAAACAGAUGCUUCAAAUCUACUGUCUGUCCUAUUGGCAAUGACAGCAGUUACUCGCCUUACGCUGGGAUUUGUUGCUGACAGAAUCGGCCGACUCAAUAUGUUUAUCAUUUGCUCCGCACUCUCCGGCCUAUUUUCUUUCGUUAUUUGGACCUUCGCUACUUCAUACGGCGUUUUAUUGGCUUUUUGUAUUUUAUGGGGAGGGACAUGUGGAAUGUAUUAUCCACUGGCAUCUCCAAUCACUGCGAGCGUAGUAGGUUUGAAAAGGCUUCCAUCUGGAUUAUCGAUUGUAUUUAUCUUUAGUGCGAUAUCUGCCAUGGGAACACCGAUCUCUGCAGCUAUUCAACAAGCAACGCCGAACAAUGGAUAUUUGGGUGUUCAGAUGUUUACUGGAGCGGUUUACGUAUGCGGUGCUUUGAUAUGCUUAUAUCUAAAGUAUCGGCUGACACGAUCAUUGUGGUCAAAAUUUUGA